CUACCACAGUGCUCAGCCACAGCAGUUGGCCGCCGGUGCAGACCAAAACAUAGACAAUGGGCAAGAAGCACAAAAAGCAUAAGUCCGAGAAACAUGGAUAUGAAGAAUAUGGAGACAGACCACUGAAGCUGGUGCUGAAAGUGUCCGGAAAUGAAGUGACGGCAGGAAGCUCGAGCCUUGACACUUUUUAUGACGAACAGCCGGCUGACUUUGACAAACCCAAAGACAAGAAAAAGAAGAAGAAAAAGGAUAAAGAGAAAAGCUUUGGGUCACCAGAGGAGGAAAAGGGGAAGAAGAAGGUAACUAAAAAGAAGAAAGGGCAGGACGCAGAUGGAGAUGAUGACCGGGAGCAGAGCAGGACUCCUAUACGUUCAGAGAUUGAUAAACAGGAAGAAAAAGAACAGACUCCUCUGCAGGAAGCUUUGAAUCAGCUCAUUAGGCAGCUCCAAAGGAAAGACCCGAACGCAUUCUUUUCAUUUCCAGUGACAGACCUCAUUGCUCCUGGUUACUCUGCAGUCAUCAAGCGUCCCAUGGACUUCAGUACAAUGAAGGACAAAGUAAAGAAAGAGUGCUACCAGUCACUGGAUGAACUCAAGGUUGAUUUCAGGAUUAUGUGUGAAAAUGCCAUGAUUUACAACAAACCUGAGACAAUCUACCACAAAGCAGCACGGAAACUGUUACAUUCCGGAAUGAAGAUCUUGAGCCAGGAAAGGCUGGACAGCCUGAAGCAAAGCAUAGAUUUUAUGGCUGGUCUUGACCCUUCUGCCAAACAACCUUUGAAAUCUGAGGAACAAACAAGCACCUUUCUGGACCAGAACAAGGAGGGACCUGCAACUACGGACAGCAGCGAGAGGUCACAGACACCCAGCACUCCCAGACAGGACAAAGACUCUAAGGACGAAGCAGCAAAAGCAGAGAAAGAGCUUGAGGAAAUACGCAAGGUCAUUGAGGAGUCUGGAGGAAAGCUGUCCAACAGAGUGCUGCAGUCUGAUUUGGAGUUUGCAAGGCGGAAGUCAGAUGGCUCCACCACUCUGGCUAUCCUCAACCCAGCAGAUCCCUCAGCAGGAGAUGUGGGUUAUUGUCCUGUGAAACUUGGCAUGAUGUCCAACCGGCUGCAGAGCGGUGUGAACACCUUGCAGGGUUUCAGGGAGGACAAGAGGAACAGGAUCACUCCAGUGUCCUACAUGAGCUAUGGGCCAUUCACCUCCUACGCGCCAACCUACGACUCCAGCUUCGCCAACAUCAGCAAGGAAGAUUCUGACCUUAUCUACUCUUUCUAUGGAGACGAGUCCAGCCUGCAGGGCUCAGAUAGCUUGUCAGAGUUCCUGGCCAAAUCAGAAGAGUAUGUGUACAAACUGGCAGACAACCUCCUGGAUGCAGUGACAAACGGAGAGCAUUCAAGAAUCCUGAAGGACACCGAGCAACAAGUAGAACAGCUGUCAAAUAUACAAGAGGACAAGGAUACCGUGGAGGUAGCUGACCCCCAAACAUCUGACAGACUGGAUUUCCUACGCUCUGCUGCAGGCCUGCAGAUGACUGAGGAGCUUUCUGAGGAAGCCCUGAACAUCCAGCAGAAAUUGGACGAGACUACAAAGCUCCUGCGUAACUUGCAGGAAGUUCAGAGGGAACGUCUGAGCGCCAAGCAGCCACCAAACAUGAUCUGCUUGCUGGCCCCAACUGCCAAGGAGCUGGAGCUGGCUGAGAAGGUGACAUCAAACUUGGCUGAGCUGACUAGUCAGGUGGCCCCAUGUGAUGUCAGCAGUAUCUACGGCAUCAGGAAGGCCAUGGGCAUUGCUGCCCCUCCAGACCCACCUGAGCUCUUCAUAGACCUCACUACAGUGCAGGACACGGCUGAAGCCAUGGAGACCUGUUGUCCAGAUGUGGUUCCAGUCAUCGCUGUGUAAUGAAAUUCCAAACACUCUCAUUCAGUGUAAUAACUUAAGUUUUGUACAAAAAGUGCUUUUUGUGUUACAUUUGUAUGCUUUUCAGCCAAUAAACCUUUUUUAAUAAAA